AUGAUUUAUAGAGGUUUUAUUUAGGUGAAUCAGAAUUAGUUGGAACUCCUACUUAAUCAUAAAUUGUUGGGUGAAGUUUUGUAAUUUUGCAACUAAAACAAUAUAAAAGUGGUACCUUAAGGAGGUAAUACAAGUUUUAUAAAAGGAGCAACUUUAGUAUAGAAUGAAUUGAUUGUAAGUCUAAGAAAUAUUGAAACAUAUUAGAAUUAAAACAUCUAUAAUUACAGCAAAAUCUGGAAUCAUAUUAUAAUCUCUGAUUGA